AUGUCACUUAGUGGUAUUCUUUUCCCACAGAGAUGUCAUCAUGCGGCACACGCGUUUAGUUCCCGUGGGGAACUGUGGACAGCAUUGGUUACCGAUCACAAUUUCUUAGUGCUACGCGGUGGGACGCUAUGCGCAAGUGGGCCACUCUCUGCGCCGUGCGAUGGUGAUGGCGCUGGGUUUGAAGCUGAGGCCCAUUCGGACUUGCCCGAGCCACCUCCAACCCCUUUGGCGUGCCGCAUCUGCUGCAGCGAAAGGGAUGAUGACAUUCGUGUUAUCGUCAUAUCCAUGAGUGGUGUGUACGUUGUUGAUGUUACGGGGCCACGCAUGCAGAUGACGUAUCAUAGUUUGUGUGUGUGUGGAGGCAUACCGGGAUGUUCCCGUGCUACGGUCCAUAGUUCCCCUAACGAGGCCCAGAUGCCGGUUUGCCUCUCUGAGUGGUCUCAUACACAGAAAGAAGAGUGUGCACGGAAGGCACUCGAUGCCGAGUUCGUGACGUCCACCGUUCUUGUGAUUGCUUACAGUGAUGCAGUUGAACUCAUCGAGCUUAGUUGGAGAGGGCGGCAGUGGCACGAGCGGAGGGACCGGAAUGAGGAGGAAAGGAGUAGGGGAGUAAUGCGGUGGCGUGUGCGUGGAUCCUAUAGCAAACUGGCAGUAUGCCGCGUGAGUAUGUAUCUGUCCGUUUCCCAGCGAUCCUCUCUGGUGGAGGUAUUUCCUCUGCAGCCGAGGUUAAGCGAUCAGGAACAGAGGACGGAGCAAAGCACCGUUUCUUUUCCUCCGGUACUUCACGCUCCCCGAGAGGCUUGUGUCGAUUCCUUCAGGUCGCUCUCUUAUCGGACCCCCACCCCUUCACUCCUCGAAACAGCAGAGGGCAGUGCAUAUGUGUGGCGGGGUGCAUCUACGAGGUUGUGCAACUACAAGAUUACAUCUCUGGAGUGGCAUCGUGUCUCAGGGUACUCUCUUUUGUGUGUCACGUGUCAUGAGUCGGAUAGAGGACAACCCUUCAUCGUAUUUUUCAUCGCGCAGCUGUGCCCAGUACAUGAAGGGGCGCACGUGCGAGCGGGGUUGGAGACACAGCAUGGAAGUGGUAUGGUUGGGGUGAAUUCUUCAACUGUUCACGAAGUCAUGUUGACGCUUGUGCCCGCUGGGAAGGUGCCGCACAGCUCCAUAUCAGGCACCCCUCUUUCAGUUCACAUUGUACCCAAUUACAUUUGUUCUCACAGCGAGGUACAGGGGAGUGACAAGUUGGAGCUUCUCUGCGUUGAAAAGGAUGGAUCUGUCUUUCGCUCUAGCUACUGCUACGACCCCCACCAAGGCAACUGUCUUGUGCGUUGCUCUUCCACUGAAUGCUUGGUGCCGCAGCUACUAGGCCCAAUCCAAAAACACUACGGUGAUAUAACUACCGUGGAUGUGUUGCCCGCGUGGAGGCCCCGGGCUGUAGCGUUUGGCCCCUUAACUCCGGCUGUAGCGGCGCUAUUGGAGGCACAGCGAUACCGUCUUGUGUUGCGGUUCCGAAAUGGUAUGGUCGCGAGGGUCGUGGUGGAUCUUGCAGCUGCGACAGUGCGUGUGGAAGCGUUUUUGACGCUCGGCGUGGAUGCGCACCCGCCACUUCUCGCUACGGCUGUUGUUGAUGGUGUUUCUGGUCCGCAACAGAUUGUGUUGGGCCUCACGCAGGACCGGCUGUUCGUGGUUCGUCGUACUUUGUUCUCUGGUGGUUUAACCGAGGCUUCAGUAUCCGUUGUUGGACCACUUGCUCUGGAGCAUCUCCAAAAGUUAGUUUGUGGUUCCUCUGUGUGUGGGGACGAUGACGCUGGUAACGAAAUGAAGGGGAACACUUGUGUGGAAGAAAGUGAAGCGUUGCGGUCUUUCAUGCAAGCCAAGUGCCCUGAAAAGUUGCACAUGCUUCCGGUGCUUUUGAAAGCUUGUGGCGGUGACGCGAGGAAGCUUCUGAGGCAGCUCACUGCAAAGUACGGCUCCCCUACCCCCGCCGCUUUCUCGGACAAGACCAUCCUUGACGAAGGGCGUAGCUGUGAUGGUUCUGGAGAUCGUUCAAAGAAUGGGCGAUUCAAUUCUGUGACACCGUCGCUGCUCCCGUCGGCUUUGAAGGUAGGCGCGCUGAGGCUAACCACUGGGGGUAUUCGUUGCUGUGUCGAAAUGUCUGUGAAAGACACCGACAAGCCACAUCAUCACCAAUGGUGGUACAUUCCCGCCACACCUCUUGCGAGUGUUGUGGGUGAGUGGGACAGUUUGAUUGCUCACGGCGUGCUUCCACCCUCCACCGCGCUAGUGCAGUGCUUGGACGCCCCUCUUCCUGCUGAGCUCCUCCGUGAACGGCGACCCAGCCGAGACGGACUGGCGUGUGUGAGCUGGUCUACGAGCGCACAGUCCCUUGUUGUGCAGUCUCGGCUGCUGCCGCACGAAACCCCACUGAAGUUCCGUCCAUUCGAAAGUAUGGCACAACCCUACAACCCCGUUCGAGUUGACUGUGUAAAGCUUGUGAACAACGUAAUUGUUGUGUGUGUGAUGGGUGCGACACGUGAUGAGGAGAUUAAGACUGUAUUGAUGGUUUAUGUAUUGGAUGCUCUCCGCGACGUGGCAACGCAACCGGUGUUCGAGCAGGAGUUGGUAAUACAUAACGUGGCGACUUUUUUCAUGUGUGAUACCGGUGGUCUUUUUGUACUACGGCGGGACUCGAAAUCCAUCGUGCGCUGGAUGCGUGUUACCACCAAUGGCGUUGGAAGCGGACACUGCUGGAGGGAGUAUUGUGUUCGCGGAGGUUCUGAGUCACAAGAGGCCAUUACCACGAUGGCCCCGCUGUAUACAAAAAGUUCCGGAAUGAAUUGUCAUUGCUACGAGGGUGCUUCCUGUACGCACUUUGUGUAUGUUUCAUCCGAGGAGGGAUUGAUCAAAGUGUGUGAAACGAGCCCUAAAAAGGACUUGCGGUCCGCUUUGAAGGGGGAGAUCAUCGUAGAAGAAGGUGGUAGCUGCCCAUAUACCGAGGUGGGUCGCACUAGCACCCGGUGUGCUAAGGUGGAAUUGUAUCAUCCUACGGUAAUAACACUACUGUUAGCCAUGCACCGGCCUCGAGUGGCGCGGGCUGCACUCGAGGGUAUAUUGGAGAGUGCAGCUGAAGCAUCGGUGGCUUCGCAGAGCGUGGACGACAGCGGACCACGGCGGGUGGCGGAAGUACUAUGCCAAAAUUCCACAAAAGGACCACUCGACGCUUGGCCCGUGCCUGCUGCCACCGAAGAGAUCGCUGGGGUGGCGGUGAGGACCCACCAGCUGGAGGGAGGCGAGGAGGAAAAUUUGUGUGAUUAUGCUGCAGCAUUCGGGCUGGAUAUUCCGCUGGAGCUCCUUGAUCAAAUGACGGAGGUUGUCAUGCAUGCGAAACUGAGAGGUCUCAGCAGCCAGGAGCAGUUGACACUUCUUUGCACUGUGGAGAGUCUGCGGGCGGUUAGGGUGUCUGGCGUUGCUAACGACGCAGGGGCCUCUCGUUGUCUCUUUUCGCAUAAGUUCCUCCAGCUUCAACAACGGAGGCGUGCUGCUGUAGCGUCCGCUGAAAGUCUUCCCGCGAACCACACCAGUUUUUUGUGGGCAGCUCUCUCCGACUGCCAACCUCAGCUGCUGGAUGUUCUGUCAGCCACAGAUGGAAACGUUUUGUCAUGGGCAAACGUGGAGGUUUCUGGGGUGCCAUUUUGGUUGGAUUCAGUUCAUCGUCUCCGCGCAAUUGCAGAACGCGUGGCCCGAGAGCAGUACCAGCGAAGUCGUGACGUGCGGGAAUGUGCACUUAUGUAUUGCCUUGCGCGGAAACCCGGCGUCAUCUCUGCGCUCUGCAGAACUUGCGGGAACACCAAAUUAGAGAUGUUUUUCUCUCGUGACUUUAACGAGGCGAAAAAUCGCUCUGCUGCGUCGGCCAACGCAUUUGCUGCCGUCAGCAAGAAUUUGAUUGAGUACGGUGCUGCCUUUUUCGUGCUGGCCGCCGAACCGCGAAAUGCAGCCCAGGUCUUGUUGCAGCGCGAAGGCAACGUCUCUCUUGCCCUCUUUCUUAUACGUAUCGCGACUGAUGAUAAUCCCGAUGAUUUGUCUUGGUUCAUCGAGCAGCGCAGGCUUGAGGAGACUUCUUGUGGAGCAAUGAGUAAGUCAGAGGAGGCGUGCCUUCUCUGGCGAGGCGGCCGGAAGCACGAAGCACUGUCGUUGCUCACAGUGCAAGCACCGCUCCACGUCUUGGAGGGCGCCGACCGACUCGCACUGCUCAAGUUUGCCAGGCGGCGUACCGGCGCAGAAAGAGGGCCUGCACAGCGGGAAAUGCUCCGAUUGUUGAUGCACACCGUGCGACUGUCGCAUGCUGCUGGGAUGAGGUUGCCUACAUCACUGUUUUGCCAGGAAGCAUUAUCGUGGUUACUGGGGUUGUCGAAAGAAGACGCCGGGGAUGACCCAACAGCACAGGGGAACGGAUCGGCUGCCAAUAGGGUGGCCACCUCAGGGAUUGUUGCUGAUUUCAAUUCAGGUACGCUAGCGUUCAACGCAUUCGAUAUGGACGGUGACGACGGGGAGCGGGGAGAGAUGGCGGCGUCAUCGCAGUCACCUGAAGUAGCCGUCGCCUCCCCUAUGUCUGAAGCAGUGUCAGUUCCAACGGUGAGGGCGGGUGCGGGGGAGAUUUACCGCAUUGAUCCCGCCAUUGUCUACUCAUUGUUGCGAGAACUGGAUUUCAUUAGGGAGGAACUUCAGAAUUCGGUGAGUACUCAGCCGCAGCAACAGGUGCAGAAGCACCAGAACACUGCAGUAUGUGACAUUCUAUCGUGUGCGGCGCGCCUGCUGGUUGCCGUCGGUGGACGAGACCCGGCUGCCGGUGCGUUUUCCUGCUUACAACAGAUGCUGGAAUGCCUACCGCAGGGACAGUGGGGUAAAAGUUGUGUUGACCGUCUUUCUGAAUCCCCUCGUUAUGCGGAGGGGGAAGGCAAUGGGAUGGGGCUGUGUACCGUUAUCAUCGCGUUGCGCGUGUCAUUGAUGUCUGUCGCCACCUAUAAUAAAGACUGUGCACUGGCAACUGCGCUUCUCGGUCUUCCGAUGAUAGAUGACAUCCUAUUGGUGGAGGGUGCGCAAACGGUAACAGUGAAUACUAUUGCUGUGUAUGUGCGCACGGUAUGCCACGUUCUGGAGAAUCUGAGGUCGCAGACGGCAGAGUGGGCGCAGGAGGAAGAAAAGAGGGAAACAUCUAUGGGCAGUGACAUGCAUGGGGUAGAUGGUUCCGAGUCGCUUAAUUUUGCUCUAUAUAACCCGUUUGAGGGGAGCGGCAGCGCCGGCAGCGGCGUUAGACCUAACGAUAAUAGUGGGAGGCUACGAAAUGACAAGUUGCGUGCGAUGCUGCUGGUUUGGUGCACUGCGCGCUUACAUUUAUCCGCGCUUAAAGAGUUGCUCCUGGAGGCAUCCGGUCUGCGUUCAGCAUCACAAGAUUCACAAUCAACCCAAGUAGCGUUGCAGCAAUGGCUCGUGAGCUAUAUGCUCUGUCGCGUAACGCUAGACUUCAAUGCUGCAGCUGUGCAAUUUGUGGGUGAUGUCGUUUCCGUCCUGCAGCUGCGUGACCCUUUGCCAGCGGACCCUAACGGUGUUUUCAUUGAGGUAGAGCAACAGCUCCUCCAGAUAGCCGGGGUAUUAGGGCACAGUUUGCCCACUGCCACCAGUUUGCUGGGCGAUAAUGGUGUGUGUGAGUCGUGUGGUCAGCAGCAACGCUACGUAGAUUUGUUGAAGUUAUGCGUUUCCCACUCCGAGGUUUUUUGUCAGACUACAACGUGCAAUACGAGUCUGUCGGGUAUGACGGAGUCUGCGCUUACCCUUUUGAGCAAUACCGUAGCUCCGCGCACCGUGGAAAAUUUGCUGCACGGUCGCUUAGUUCAAGGCACGAAGGAGGCGCUGCGGUUUGUUGAAGCCACAUGGUUACAGCGCCAUUUAACGCGUCACAACUACCGUGAGCAGUUUCUUUCACCCUUGCGUGAGGGUCCGUCAGUGCUUAGACGUGACGAGAGCCUCGUGCUCCAGCAGUGUGGCCGUGCUGUCACAAGUGUGGAUUAUGAUCGAUCCUCCCACGAUGUGAUUGUUUGGGCAACGGCAGCAGACGUCUCUGUACGAGGUGGCUAUUGUGGUAUGCUUUCAAGACCCAAUGACACUUCUCCUGUGGUGCGACCACGGGCUGAUAAUGGCGGCCCAUCCUUUCACCCGACACGUGAGGGAGGUGUGACGGGUUUGAGUCCGGGGGGAUCUUCGAGGGAAGGAGUUUUGUUUGGAUCUCCGAUACGAUCCCUCACGAAACCGGCCGCUAGUCCAAAUAGCACUCCGGGGAGUGACCGCAAACUACUUUCAAGGCGACCCAGUCUUCCGCUCCUGGAUGGCAGCCGCGUUGCUGCACACCCGCGGCUGCCCUUUUUUUCCGCACCGCACUUGGAUGGUUGCAUCGACUUUUACUCGUUCACCGCUGCGGAGUGCGUAAAAACUUUUGAUUGUGGAGACAGUCGGGCGGUGACAGGUGUCGCAUACUCAACUGACGGUUGCACUUUUGUGGCCGGGUUGGAAGACGGCAGUGUUCGUGGUUGGCGUUUUGAUCUGCAACCCGUGGACCGCGCUGUCCAACCCCUCUUUGUGUACCAUGUGCUGCCCACCGGCGGUAUCCGAACGGUGAUGUUCUGCGGGGCGUCGCAGUCACAUAUUGCGGUUAUUGGAUUUUCCUAUGAUAGCCUUGCAACUGGCCAGCGGAAUCCAGAGGAGGAAGAAGGUGUGUGUGGCCUGAGGGGUGAGCCUAAGCCAGCAUCAGCAAAGCCUAAAUCGAAGAAGGGUUUGCUCGGGUUUCCACGGUUUGGAAAUUAUGAGCGUAACACGACUGAACUCUUGCUGCUGGUAGACCUUGUCCUGCGUCCCGGAACUUUCGCAUGGCAGGAGCUAUCAGUUGUGCCUGAACACGCGGUGUACAUAAAAGGCUUGGAUAGCAUCAUGUGCAUAUCAACUAAUGGGGCCGUUGCCCUGUAUGACAUGUGGAGCUCCCGAUUGUACACUUUUGUGCGGACGCCUAACGUAACUGUAACGUGCGUGGCCGCAAGUUAUCAUGAUGAUAUUGUUGCUGUGGGUCUUGUGGACGGUGCUGUACUGCUUCUCCACUCCAACUCCAUUCGCGGCGCGGUGCAGGCUUGUAAUGGGUCUACCUCACAUGUGGCCUCAGAAUGUGUGGCUGAGAAGGCGCUUGCAUCGAAAGAGAGUCUGUUGCUCAAGGCAUCCAGGUUGCAACUGAUACCUUCGACUUCCCCUCGCUGUGAUGUACACAGUGUCGUGUUCACGCCUUCCGUUAUGCUCGCUGGUCUCGGAGACGGGAGAGUACUCGCGGUUGGUUUUCCAUUUAGUACCAUCAAGUUCGGAAAGGCGUGA